UAGCUACGUACUACCAGAGUUUCGAUAGUCAUAGCAACAUACUAAGGCGAUUCAGACCAGCUGAAAGAGUGUGUAAGCAUAGAAGUGAAUGUCACCAAUCUAUGUGGGGUAGCGGAUGCUGUCGGAUUAAGGUUGACGGUCCUGGCUUGGCAGCCGUCUUCAACUUUACUUGAGCUUGCCACCAUCUCCGGCAUCUAUCACCAACAUCCGCAAAACCUCCUCGCCGCCAUGAAUCUAAUAGCGUAUUCGGAUUCUGAAGGGUCAGAUAUUGAAGCUCCACAACGGCCGCCGAAACCUGUUGCGAAGCCUACGGCAAAACCGGCGUUUCCAAAAGUUGUCGAUCGCUCGAAGCCUGGAAAGAUCAAACUCCAGCUGCCUACUCCCACCCAUCAACCAAAAGACGACGUUGAUAUCGACGCUGAAGCACCACCAGCUAAGAAGGCCCGCACCGGCGGUGGAGCAUUCGGCGGCUUCAACUCUAUGCUACCUGCGCCUAAACGGCCGAAUGUAAAUGCUAUAUCGGCUGCGGGAGGAGGAGCGGCGACUUCAGGAAGCAGAGGGAUAGGCAAAAGCCUCGGAGUAGGGGUCAAUCUGAAGACUGGUGCAGAGCCGGCCUUCAAGAGAGAACCAAAAGCGGAAGACUAUGACGAGAACGGCAACCCCGUUCAGAAGUCUUCUGGCACGCCAUUGCAGAAAGAGGAUUUUAGGGCCCUGUUGAAUUUACCUCCUCCAAAGACGGAGGCCAAACCCGAAACUAAGACUGAGUCUGCACAGUCAAGUUCUGCCGCAACACCUGACGUCAAGCCAGCCGCUAGGCCGCGGUUCGUACCAAUGUCCAUGGCUCGAGGAAAAAAGAAGCCACAUCCAGCACGGCCCGCAUCUUCACCCUCAAACUCACAGACCGUCAGUCAAUCACCGGGAGCAACCGAAGCCUCCGUCGGCGACCCUGCAGUAGCAGAACCCAAGCUGCCUACGAAGCCCAAGGUAUCAUUGUUUUCUAUACCGGCCGACGAAGAUAGUGUGACAUCAAAGCCAUCAUCAAGCGGCGAUUAUCAGCCUCUGAUUUAUGAUGCUGGAGAGGAGGAGGAUGAGCGGAUACACACUGAAAUCCCUAGCGCGUCCAACCACCAGUCAUCAUCUCAGUCUCACAAUUCCAAUACCGCCACUGCAUCUGGCGCGCGGGAUCUUACUGACAUAGCAUCUGAACUUAACCUUACCGAAGCUGAACGUCGACAGCUAUUCGGCCGCAAAGGGCAAGGACCGGAUAUAUCCGCAGCCAACAUCAUAGAAUUCAACACUGACCAGGAGUAUGCCCACAACGAGAUGUUGCGCCAGCAGGGCGAGACCGUACAGCAUAAUGCGCUCAAGUCGAUUUCAGGUACUGGGAAGAAUAGCCUCAGGAGCCUGCUCAAUAUGGCUACGACGCAGAAGGAGGCACUGGAGGAUCAUUUUGCUGCUGGUAGGAGGAACAAAAGGGAGGCGGGCAAUAAGUACGGCUGGAAGUCGUCUCUCUGGAAGGCAAACUUUACAUGUCCAGAUCCGCAGGCCCGCUUCAGCAUGAGCGGAAAUGGCGUGCGACUGGGGGGGACAGAAAUGCGUCAGUAUGCACGCCCUCCGUCUAUCAUCAUGCCACCUGAGCCACAACCCAAGAACGGCAUCCCCAGUGAGGACCCAUCGAUACACGGAGCGGGGAACGGCACGGGUGUCGUCGAUAGUGAUCUCUCCGCUACCGGUCAAGGUUUUACCGAUGGCGCGCAAGACGUCAGCAACAGGAAAGGGAGGCGAAAGCAGCGGGGAGGAAAGCGCAAAGCCACGAGAUUUGAUCAAGCAGGCUCUCAAGACGCGGCAGACAUGACAAAUUCCGGCAACGCUGGAGAUCCUAUUCAGUUCCAGGAUGGAACAGCUGCCGCCGAAGAGUCGAAGGAGAAAGAGAAGAACACGCACAAGAAUCGGAAGCCGAAGAAGAAAGGCAAGAAAGCGAAAUCAACUGGGGUUGCACCUACGGAGGUCAGCAUCAGUGACAACAGUCUUCCAGAUAAGGUAGAGCUGCGCACUUAUAUGCGUAACGGCAUCGAGGAACAAGGUCUUUUCGCCACUGCGCCCAUUCGUGCGGGCACUCGACUGUUCAACGAGCGACCGAUACUGACGCAGCUCGAUCCCCCAAACGAUACAUUACCUUCCGAAGCCCGAAUAAGAAAUAUAGUCGCAGCCUUUGACGUCCUUCCGCCCGCAGAGCGACACAGGUUCAUGGAGUUAAGGCCCGGUUCCGUGCUUCAGCUACUUUGGCUCUCCCGCGAGGCCGACUAUCUCAUCGAAUGCUAUAAGUCUCUGCGCCUCAAGGCAGACAGUCGUAGUAAAGAGGAGGAUGUUAUUUACAACGCUUUGGGGUCGCGUUUAUUUGCACUAUGCAGGAGCUGGCGCAUCGCUGCCCGCUUCCACGCCAACAGUUGGAAGUGGUCGGUCCAGGCUGGCCACGGAUCCGACGGGUCACCAGAGUACGAGCUGGGUACGGCCGCAUUCGUCAACAUAUGCCGCAUAAAUCACUCAUGCAUACCCAACUGCUUCCCCUACGACAAUCCUGAAACGGGCAGGAUGACGGUCCACGCGACGUGUGAUAUUGCUCCCGGCGAACAGCUCUUCCAUUCUGCUCAGGGAACGGCCCAUUGGUAUCACACUGCUGCCAACCGCGCGCGGGACCUGCGUUGGAUAAUGGGCAUCCACUGCACUUGUCCUGCGUGCGAUGCGACGCAUCCUGAUUUCGGGAGGCACGAAAAUAUCAGGGGGAUGUUGGGCAGCCAUUCCUUCAAGGUGUCGGAGUUCUUCAAUGUGGUGAAGCAUUGCGAUGAGAACGGCUUCAUCGUCCGUAACAUCGACGGCAAAGUGGAGAAGCAGGGACUCCACCUGGAAGUGGAAGCCUUCGUCAAAAUGGAAGAGAUUAUCACGGACAUGUUCUGGCUACUCGAUAGUUUGGGCUGUGGAGAUCUCGAGAUGCCGAGAUGGCGCAAAGGUCUGAGGGAAUUUGUCUUCAAGCGGCUAAAGAAAUGGUAUGCGGUUCAGGCACAUGCGAACAAGGAGCUUCUGGAAACGGCGAGGUGCAUUGGAGAGGAUCAUCCACAUUACCGGUCGUUGAAAGAGGAUAUUGACUUUACGAUAAAAUGCGCCAAACUGGAGAUCGUCAAGGAAGAAAUUGAGCAGAGGGAGAGUAGGGAAGAGGAGAGGCGCCUGAAUGCAAGCAUUACUAGAACAACGAUAUGGAUCCUCCAGAAUCUGCAAGGCAGGGUGGAGUAGUACUACCUGUAUCUUCUCCAGGCCGAGAGAGAGUUUCGCCGGCUUCGCAAGUGGUUCCGGGCCUAACUGGAAGAUUGGCAAGAAGGCCAUGUUGCAUGUACGAUUUGCUUAUACGCUUGGCUAUAGAAGGCGUGGUGAGAUCUUCGCGCUGAUCCGUUUCUGGUGCCACUGUUUCAACAACAAUGGCUGUUAUAG